CGUUGGUCUCUUUUCACUAAUUUACGAGGACGCUCCUCGCAAUUCUGCAUCACCAUUGGUCUUGGUCAAUGUUUUCAUUCGCUCAGUCACACAUUCUCGCCAUGGCAUUCACCUUGUCUACAGGGUCAGCAUAGUAAUUUCUCACCCCACGUUACCGAAGUGCCAUAGCUCCCUUGAAGACAGCAGUCUGAACACCCCAUGUGAUGGGAAAUUCUCUUGUGAAAGUAAAAUUAUUGGUAGGAAAUCGGUGUUUCCCGGGGUAUAGUUUCUUCUUCCAAUUCCACUUGCCUGAAGAAAGUGUUGUCGGAAUUUGUUUACCUUGUUCGUUCAAGGGUUGGGACUUGGCACUGGCUUAUAACACGUCGACUUCCCGUUUCUGAUCCUCUUCUCUAAUGUUGAUCAUCUACUGUUGUGUAUGUAAUUUGGGAAUCUCUCCUCGGUUCCUAAUACCUCAAGAUGCGAUCAGGAUGGCAACUUCUCGCCCUGGUGGGCUUGGCGAACGCAGCAUGUCCUUAUAUGGAUGGAGAAGCAGCUGUUAAAGACAAAAGGGCUGAACCUAAUGCGGAUUUUUUGGCCAAAUUCCACGUCGACGAUAAUGACGCCUUUCUCACAUCAGAUGUUGGCGGUCCAAUUGCUGAUGACCACAGUCUAAAAGCUGGAGAAAGAGGACCUACUUUAUUGGAGGACUUCAUCUUUCGACAGAAGAUUCAGCAUUUCGACCACGAAAGAGUAUGUUGCAUGUUCUACCAUUAGUUUCAUUCGCUUACCCUUUACAGGUUCCAGAAAGAGCAGUUCAUGCCCGUGGUGCUGGUAUGUCUCCCAAGUAUAUUGAUGUACGACUUUGUCUGACGAAAACAGGUGCACAUGGAACGUUCACUAGUUACGGAGAUUGGAGCAAUAUCACCGCUGCUUCCUUCCUAGGAGCUGCAGGGAAAACCACUCCUGUCUUCGUCCGAUUUUCGACUGUUGCUGGAAGUCGCGGCAGUGCAGAUACUGCUCGUGAUGUGCAUGGGUUUGCCGCAAGGUUUUACACGGACGAAGGAAACUUUGGUAUGCAGCUCUCUCGACAUGUAAAUCUCUUAACUAAUUCCGCGAUCCCACAGAUAUUGUUGGAAAUAACAUUCCCGUCUUCUUCAUUCAAGAUGCUAUUUUGUUUCCAGAUCUUAUCCAUGCCGUCAAGCCCUCGCCAGAUAAUGAAAUUCCACAAGGUGCUACCGCUCACGACAGCGCGUGGGACUUCUUCAGUCAACAGCCAAGUUCUCUGCACACCUUGUUCUGGGCCAUGGCGGGCUAUGGUAUUCCACGAUCAUAUCGCCACAUGGACGGAUUUGGAAUUCAUACUUUCAGAUUCGUCACCGCGGACGGUGGAUCCAAAUUCGUAAAGUUUCACUUCAAAUCUAAGCAAGGAAAGGCUAGUUUGGUGUGGGAAGAAGCACAGGUGUUGGCUGGAAAGAAUGCCGAUUUUCACAGAGCAGACCUCUGGGAUGCCAUAUCCUCCGGCAAUGGGCCCGAGUGGGAACUUGGUGUGCAAAUCUUCGAUGAAAAGGAUGCUCUGACUUUCGGAUUCGAUGUGCUUGAUCCUACCAAGAUUAUCCCUGAGGAGCUUGUACCUGUCACGCUGCUUGGCAAGAUGAAGUUGGACAAGAAUCCACGCAAUUAUUUCGCCGAGACGGAGCAGGUCAUGGUAAGUUAACCAUUGCGAAAGCAAGCGAUAUCCUACUGUACACAAAUAACAACAAAGCUAACCCGUCUUAGUACCAACCCGCACACAUUGUCCGUGGAAUCGACUUCAGCGAAGAUCCUCUUCUUCAAGGACGAAUCUACUCCUACCUUGAUACUCAGUUGAAUCGUCAUGGCGGUCCCAACUUUGAGCAAAUUCCCAUCAACCGUCCACACGUUGCAGUCCACAACAACAAUCGCGAUGGAGCCGGUCAGAACUUCAUCCAUCUCAACACAGCCGCCUACUCGCCCAACACUUUGAACAAGGGGAGUCCAAAACAAGCCAACCAAACCGUUGGCAAAGGAUUCUUCACAGCACCAGGUCGCACAGCAGGGGGGCCUCUUGUUCGUGCAACCUCCGGGACAUUCGCCGACGUCUGGUCCCAAGCACGUCUGUUCUACAACUCAUUGAUUCCAGCUGAGCAGCAAUUUCUCAUCAACGCCAUCCGUUUUGAGACCUCAAAUCUCCAAUCUCCGAUUGUGAAAUCAAACGUUCUUAUCCAACUUAAUCGCGUCAGUAACGAUAUUGCCAAACGUGUUGCAAGCGUCCUCGGCCUGGAGGCUCCAGCUCCGGAUCCUACGUUCUACAACGAUAAAACGACUGCUUUUGUUUCGAUUUUCAACAACGCGCUACCUACGAUCGCUACCUUGAAAGUUGCUGUUCUUACUAAAAUCAGCAGCCCUGAAACUCUCGCUCAAGCUGAUGCUUUGGCCAAGGCUUUUGCGGCAUCAGGCGUAAAGGUAGCUGUAAUUGGAGAGCGACUCGUCCCAGGUGUCAAUGCGACAUACAGUUUCGCGGAUGCCUCAGUAUUUGAUGGCAUUAUCGUCACCUCUGGCUCGGAAUCUCUUUUCUCUGGAAACGGAUCAGUUAGUACCUUUUUCCCAGCCGGUAGACCCACACAGAUCUUAGGUGAUGGAUAUAGAUGGGGGAAACCUGUUGGUGCUCUUGGAACUGCGUCGACUGCAUUGGACGCUGCCGGUGUUUCUACCACCGCGGGUGUUUUCAAGGGCGCUGAGGUUCCGGCUUUUGUCACUGAGUUCGAGGCUGGGUUAAAGACCUUCAAGUUUGUGGACAGAUUCCCACUUGAUGCUGCUACUUAGAAAGAUCCAGAGACCCAAAAAUGGCGUUGCGGAGUUUUAUGAUGUUUGGCAUACCACGAGGUUAUGUUUCUUUUUACAUAUUUUUAACGACUAGACAAUACUUUA